AACUUUCAAUUUAGUUUCGUCUUUUGAACGGUGCAGAUCGGCGUGACCCUCGCUCUGUUGUUGAUUGAAUUCUUUUAAUCUUUAUCGGUGUGUGUAAUUGUGAGGUGGUCAAAGGAAACGAAAAGAGAGGAAGAUUUAUUAGUCCAUAUUCGGUGACUUCGCUUCGGGUGGCUCUCUUUCUUGGCUGCUCUCUGGAAAUGUUUUAUGAGACGAGAGCGGAGCGGGUGUAGGUAGCUGAUCUUAAAUACAAGCAAAUCGGAAGUACCGUGAGGAGUAAGGAGAUAAAAAAAAAACAGUGAAGUGCAAAGUGUGUACAAGUUAAUAAUUGGAAAGACUUAUUCUGGGACAUUAGUGUGGAAGUGUUCCGACGAGAAGGCAAGCACAAUUGAAGAACGCUUCGGGUUACGCUAAGGAAAAAUAGUAAAGAGACAUCAAACUGCGACGAACCUUUUGCGAGCGUGGAGCGAAAUCACUGAUAAAGUGUUUUAUAUGCGGACAGAUAGCGGAAAUAGCGUUGCUGGCAGUGACCGUAGUGAGUCAUCGGAUAUUCUUGAACGCGGUAGUAGUUCAUCGUCGUUCAACGGUCCUGCUGUAGUGUCUUCGUUUGAAGUUGGGUCGCUAAGUGCCAUCAAGAUUGAUACCAUGGCGGAAGCGCAGCGACUAAUUGGCAUUUCGCUGGCUAAGAUAGCCCAAUCCAGGGUGUGCCGCGGUGGGGUUUCGCUGCAUAAAAAUUUGCUUGUGGCGACCGUGCUGCAAAAGGCGCGCUAUAUAUUCAUGGAAGAAGCGUACCAUAUUGUGCAUGGUCAUUAUCUGCAGCAGAACAAGUGUAUGGAGCUCGAGAUGGAGAAACAACGGAAUGCAGCUGCAGCCGCGGCUGCUGCAGCAGCAGCUGCAUCGGCUUCUUCAACCAAUAACGUAGAGGAAGAAAGUUGUAGUGAAAGUGAGGAUAGCGACGAAUCGGAAUCGUAUGCGUCAAGUGAAGCCAACGAUGAGAGCGAUUCUGACGACAAGGAAAAUAGCCCGCCAACAUUUGCUGAUGGAAGUAAUGCUAGCGAAGAAGAUGCAUCGUCUGUACUGUACUUUGAUAUGGAUGUUAAGAAGAUAGAGAAAACUUCGGGGGAGGGUGGCAACAAACGAAGGCGUGAUGAAACGGAGGAAGCUAUCCAAUCAAUUCUCCCGAAGCGUCUUAAAUCGGAAUCGGAAAGUGAUGUCGAUGAAUCGGAUAACGAAAGCCAAGUAGAUGGAUCUGUUUCGAGUGCCGAUGCAGCAGCCACCCUUUCCGAGACCAUCUCGAGUCAGGUGGAAGCAGAAGACCUGUCCUGUCAACAAAGUGAGCCAACCUUGAACCAUACGCCUUCAGUGGAGAGUAUCGAUCGGAUAACUUCACUGGUUUCGAUCUUCAGCUUCGGUAACCUGAGCAGAUCUGUUUCAACGCCAGACUUUUGCGCGGCACAGGCCAAAGAUACGGACAGUUCGCUGACUGAAUUGCAGCACUCGCAACGGGGUUAUCUAACGAUGACUGUAUAACUAUUGUUGCUGCAACAAGCGCUCCGUUACGACAACGCCAAGUAUUAGCAAUUAAAAUACACUUCUUCAUACUCCUGUGAUUUGCCGUGCGCACACUGACGGGCAGUGGUGUGGGAUAUGUGCGUUAUGCCGCGGCAUCGGUUUUGUGUAUAUGUUGUUCCAAGGACUGUGCGCUUGGUGCCGCGUAGUCGAUGACGUUCGGUGCUCAACCAGAACUGCUAAAUGGAUAGUUCAAUGGUGGAUUGCGUGUGUAGUUUAGUGCAGCAGGCACACACUGGAACCACAACACUAUGUGGCCUUUUUGCGCGCUCGAACAGGUGCAAGCCGUGUUGGAGAUCAUAACCGCAUACAAGCUAGCAACUCGUGUCGAUGGAGGAUGCAAACAAAGGCUUCGAAAUCGCAGAAGACGCCAGACAGACCCAUGCCUUUCGGUCGGUCCGUUACGAUUAGCAAGGAAGUCAAUGAAGGUUGACUAUAAUGAAUCGUCGAGAAGAAGCGAACCCAAAACAGCGGGUUUGCACAAAUCAUCAAGGUUCGCUAGUAGGAUGAACAACACGAGGAAAUAAUACAAUAUGAAGCUUGUGUACGAAUCUCGGUGAUUUUUCUCAUGUAUCAUGGCUAGUUGUAGCAGUGACAGGGCUGAAAAGUUGAAUGAUUGCGUUGGUUCGCUAUUCGUUCACCCAACAGGGGAGGUGUUUUUCGAGUUCUUUUUUGUUACGAUUUUCGCAUAAAUUUGCAGUAGCUAAAUGAUGCAGAUGAAGGAGAGACGGUGCUGUGAUUAUGGCGAUGCGAUGCAUUCAAUGGUUUUACGUGUCUGUGUAUUGAGAUGAGACCAAUUGCAGUUUAAUAGGCUCAAAUUUGAAUAAAGAAAGCCGUUUUCGGUGAAAUCGUGCUAACUUUCCUAUUUUAGUAUGAAUCAUUGAUUGAUACAACUUUGGUUAGACAAAAAUCAACAGCAGCUUUGAAUUGUUAUCAACAAAAGGGCUCAAAAUCUUUUAAACACGUGAGGUUCUAUUAGUUAUAAGCUAUUAGAAAUACGUUUCCCACCAGUGUUCCUUUCUUGGAAAGUUAUGCCUACCAAUAAAAAAAAAUCACGAUCAACAUUCAACGGAGGCAAGCAUAACUGUUCAUGGAUAGAAGAGAAACAUAGAAGAAGGAGGAAAAAAAUAAAUAGCACAGUCUAUUUGAUACAACACUCUUUUCCGAUCGUCUCUUAAGCAGACGAAAAGACCAAAGGUGAUAGCUGCGAAUGUUGUAAGUUAUAAAAGAUGGUUUGAAUACGAAGCCGCUAGAAAGAGAGCGCUGUACUAGCUGGGGAGCAGGGAAUAAUCAUAACUGUUUCGUCUUUGCGCGAGCUCCCGCUAAUAGCAUACAACUAUGAACUAACUAACUGGGCGAUCGAGGCUGGUCGUGGCUCCGUUUUCUUUCUGGUGUGCCCUCUGGGCGCUUUUUUGUAAUGGAGACCUGUUUUUAUGUGUCGGUAUGUUUUGAUUGUAUUUGUUUCCCACCUGAGAUGUCUUAUCUAACACUCUUCUGUCUCGAGUUCUUUCAAAAAUCACGAAUCCAAAGUAAAGUAGGUGUAGCGUAAAAACCGCGAUCGAGAUAUGACUGUAAAUCUUCGCUGUCCGUUUAACUACUAUUAACAACAGCAUUAAUUCGGAGUCUCCAAUGUCUUAUGUAAGUGGAAAACGGCGACACAAAACAAAAUCGACACAUGAAUAUAACCGUUGGCUUCAUUGGUGGUGCCACUUUGGCCACGCUGCCCUCUUGGCUGUGUAGACAAUCUUAUUGCAAUUCAUUGUUUGCCGUUACUUGCAGAGUCCGUUGACCUUACUUUUUUUAGUAGCAGGAGGAGGAGGGAGAUGUAUCGCCAAUUAUUGUAAACAAAUGUUAGCUUCACAUGGCUAUUAAAAUAAUCUUAUUGUAGCAACUACACUUUUGAAACAAUUAUUUUCACUGAUCGGUAUUGGGCAUAACGAUCAUCAGAGCUGCCUAUCUAUAGCUUUUCACUUGAUUGGAAUUUUCUCAUAUUCAACGGCCAGGCUCAGUGCGACAUCCAUCAUUUAGUGAAUGAUAAUGGCCCAAAAUUGUACACGGAUUCGCAACUGAAAACGACACAACGGCAGCGUCUCUGCCGCAGUCAAAAGCUCAUCCAUGCACGUCUAAAAGAAAGUGAAAGUUUACAUAAGAUGCGCUACCUGUCGUCCCUUCUCUGCCUCAAUUUUUUUCUUUUUCGAUGAUUGUAUACCCACACGUUUGAUUCGUCGUGCAAAUCCCAAACACAAGCUUCGGUCCAGAAAGGUCCAUUAAUAUGUAACAUGUUCGACAGAUAUCAAACGGCUGCCUUAAUAUUUGAAACGCGCGCCUGGCAGGCUUUGAGCCGUUGGAGACAAGCUGUUUGUACCUUUGUGCUUACAUGCUUGUUGAAUCUACCUAUGUGUUGUACUGCUCACCACUGUGCAAUAAUUUUCACGUAACAUGUUGCCAAGCUUCGUGGUGCGAAAAAAACGUCAUUCAAUGCUACCCGCGUACAGGCGAUGCAAUUAUUCGUUUGGUUAUAUAAAAAUCAACAAAUUGUUGACGUUGCGAAUCUAUUAUUGCUGUUCUGUCGAUUCCCCUGAACUCUGAAAUGUUUGUCCGAGAGGUUAUAUGUUAGAACUAACUAACACUAGUUCUUUUCGACUUCGUUAAAAAUCGGAAAUCUGUGCGAGCUUAUCGUAGCCAGUUUUUUGUAAAUCUACUUUGACUGAGUUAUUUUCGACUUUGAAUGUCUUGAGAUAGUACGACAUCGUCAAAUUAUUUCAAUUUUGGACCGUAAAUUAAUUAAUUAAGUAGAUAAUUCUCUCGUUAUCGCUCUACUUACUAAAAACAUGGCUCAACGUGACAAAAGUUGUACAGAAAAAGCCUCGAAAUUUAACGCCUUCGUAUUCAUCCCAGCUUGAAACCAAUUCGCAACAUAAUAACCUUUGAACAUGAGAUACUAGAAGAAUCGUUAGAUAUCCUUGCAAUGAAUUGAAAUUCCUAAUUGAGAACUGGUUCAGCAUUGGUUCAGCGAAAAGAACUAGCAAAAAAAAAUACUGAUAAUUUUAAAUUUGUGAACUUUGUCCUCGUCAACCGAUUAGAGAGAACCAGAAGAAUAGUCUCAAAGAUAAUGCCAAAAAAUGGCAAACACAGAAUCACAAGUGGAUGAUGUAGGUAGAUGGAGCAAAAAAAAAGUAUGCAGAUGAAAGAAAAUGUUACUUCGGUGACGAGAAUUACACACACACACACAUAAGGUUCCGUUUUAGGAGCUGCCUUAAAAUACAGACAUAUUAUAAUGAUUAAACGAAAAAAUUGAAAAUAAACAAAAAUAUACUAUUUCCAACUACUACGACCUAUAAUGUUAACUUAUUAUUCAAUAAUCAAAAGAACAUCAACAAUUGUACAAUAGCUCGUAAGGAAUAAAAUGAGUUUUAAUAUAUCAUAAAUUUGCAUCUUAA